AUGUUGGAGUGAAUAUAUAUGCUACAUGUUGGUAUGAUCCGGGUCAAACGUCAUUACGUAAUGAAUAACAUGGCGGCCGCGGUGUUGUGGAGGAGAGCAGAACUCUUCAGAUCAGUGAGGACUUCUGUUAGCACGUCAUCAUGGUUUCACAGCUCGGCGGUUCUUCCUCAGCAGUCCUCUUCUCCUCCUCCUCAGUCGGCGUUCUUCCCGCCGUUGGACGGUGUCAUGCUGCCGACAGGAAGUUUCAACAACAGAGUGGCGUUCAUCACAGGAGGGGGGACGGGACUGGGCCGAGCCAUGACCACCGCCUUGUCGCAGCUGGGAGCUCAGUGCGUCAUCGCCAGCAGGAAGUUGGACGUCCUGCAGAAAACCGCCGAGGAGAUCAGCAGCCAGACUGGAAACAAGGUCCAUGUGGUUCAGUGUGAUGUCAGAGAUCCUGCAGCCGUCUCUCAUUGUGUCGACCAGAUAGAAACUAUGACGGGACUUCCUGAUGUCAUCAUCAACAAUGCGGCGGGAAACUUUGUCUGUCCGUCAGAACGUUUGUCGCCAAACGGCUGGAAGAGCAUCACGGACAUCGUCCUGAACGGGACGGCCUUCAUUACUCUGGAGCUGGGCAAGAGACUGAUCAAGAGUCAGAAAGGUGCGUCCUUCCUGGCCAUCACCACCACCUACGCUGAGUCCGGUUCUGGUUUCGUGGUCCCAAGUGCGUCGGCGAAGGCCGGAGUCGAGGCGCUCUACAAGUCUCUGGCUGCAGAGUGGGGUCGUUAUGGUCACAGGUUCAACAUCAUCCAGCCUGGGCCAAUCAGAACCAAGGGAGCGUUCAGCCGCCUGGACCCGACCGGAAGCUUUGAGAAGGCGAUGAUCGGUCGGAUCCCGACCGGUCGACUCGGAACGCCAGAAGAGAUUGCAAACCUGGCAGCGUACAUGAGCAGCGACUACGCUACCUGGAUGUCUGGAGCUGUGAUUCGGUUCGAUGGAGGAGAAUAUGUGUCGAUGGCCGGAGAGUUUAAUGAGCUGCGCAGGGUGACUCCAGAGCAGUGGAAGAUGAUGGAGUCGAUGAUCAAAAGCACUAAAGGGUCCUAAAAACACUCCAACACUCCUCAUUGGACCACAACGACCAAUCAGAUCACAGUGUUCAGGUGGACCCGCCCAGCUGUUGAUAUCAUUAUGAUGACAGAAUCUGACGGACGUUUGAUCUGUGAUUAUUCACACACAGAUUCACUAACAGGAAACCCUGUUAGCAUGUUUGCAUGUGACAAAAUACAUGUUUCUGACAGUUUGAUAAUAAAACACUGAAGUUUAACCCAUAAGCCUUUUAUGCUGUUUAAAGAUAUUGUAUAAGACGUUUGGUAGAGUAGAGUAGAAUACAGUAGAGUAGAUGGACUGGAGAUAAUCGGAUGUCAGUUUGCAGUUUUUACAUGUUUACAUGUUGUCAAAAUUUAACUUUAAGCUGGUUUAUUAAAGAUUUCAACGUG